AUGACACGACACGCGAUUUACCCAAGCCUCGAAGGCAAAGUCGUCCUCGUCACAGGCGGCGCCGAAGGCAUAGGAGCCGCAACAGUCGAGCUCUUCGCCCGACAAGGCAGCCGAGUCCUAUUCAUGGACAUAUCAAAAACCUCCGCGCAAAGAACAAUCGACCGCAUCGUCUCAUUACCCAUCGAAGCAGGCGCACCCCCAAUCAUCGCCCCAGUCUUCCACUACUGCGACAUCACCGACCUUCCCGCUAUUCAAGCCACAACCUCUAAGAUACUAGAGGAGUACGGCGUCAUCAACAUCCUAGUCAACAACGCCGCCGCAACAGGCAGCGGUGCUCGACGAUCCACGGCGCAAGUGACACCCGAAUCAUGGGAUUUCAGCGUCAACUCCAACUUCCGGCACGUAUUCUUCCUCACGCAAGCCGUGGUUCCGGCAAUGAAGAGUGCCGGCGGGGGGAGUAUUGUCAAUUUGGGAUCUAUUACAUGGCGGAUUCCGGAUCCCGUACAGCCGGUGUAUGCAGCUUGUAAGGCGGCGAUUAUGGGAUUGACGAGGGUGCAGAGUAAAGAAGUGGGCGCGGACAAUAUUCGCAUUAAUAGUGUUAUGCCGGGGGCUAUUGCGACGAGGAGGCAGAGGGAGGAGAUCCUUACACCUGAGUAUCGGCAUACGGUCAUGCGGAACCAGAGCUUGCAGAGGGAUUUGGAGCCAGAGGAGGUUGCUAAAGUCAUUGUUUUUCUCGGAAGUGAUGAGGCGAGUGCGGUCACUGGGAAGCACCCCGAGGAUUAUACUUUCGGCAGUCUCUACCCCUCAAAAUGUGUCGAUAUACCGAGGUGCAUCUCAUUCGACGCCCGUGCCUCCGGGGUUCGUCAGCUGGCUUGGUAUAGAAAGAUUACCAUCGCGGUCGAACCCCGAAGUGACCCGAGCCUUGGGAGAGACAAUGGCGUUGCGGGGUAG